GAUGGAUCCCAUUUUCUAAGUAUUAACUUUACAAUAUUUAAUGGUAACUAACUAAUGAGUACUAAAAUUAAGACAUUUAUAAUGAAUUUUUAAUCAAUAAUUCUCUACUUUUAAGCAAGGCUUUAUAUAACUUUGUAUAUUAGAGAGCCUUUUCUUUAGUUACAUCUUAAUCAAAAAUUAAACAAAAAACAUGAAACAUGGUGUAGACAGUAGCAUAUCCUAACAUUAGCCAAUCAUUAUAGAUAAGGAAGGCUACAAAGUAAAAUAUAAUAGAGAAUAUGGUUUAUAUAGAUGCAAUAACUAAUCCUCUAUGCAUAACAAAUUAAGCCAUUACUGCUGUUCUUAUAUAUACCAAUCUACCAUGCCAUAAUAAUAAAACAGCUAAAUGCUUAAAUUUUAGUAUAGAAAAAUCACUAGCUAAAGCUGCUUAUUUUCCUUCUUUGCUUAUAAUACCUACUCCUACAUCUGCUGCUUAAAUCAUAGCUACAUCAUUUCCUCCAUCUUCUAUUGAUAGUAGUGUCUUUUAAGUAUGUUCUUUAAUCAACUCAGAUACUAAUGCUUUUUAUGUUGGUAAGCAUCUACAAUAUACUACAGCUAGAGCAUUACAAGCAAUAUGGAAAAAUGCAGUAUGUUGA